GAGAGGUAGCUAGAGAGAGUAAAUUAAAUUAAGCGAUGGCAAUCAUGAACAUCAACUCCAUGAUGGUCUUGGCUUUUUUUGCCAUGACUGGAAUACUCAUUUCCAGUGACCAUGUAGCCCGUGGCCAAGGAUGCCAAGGUGACUUACAAGGGCUAAUAACUCAAUGUGCAAGGUUUGUUCAAAGGGCUGGGCCACAAAAGGACCCAUCUCAAGAAUGUUGCAGCGUGAUCAAGUCUGUUGAUAUCCCAUGUGUGUGUAAAUACAUCACUGGGGAGAUUGAAGCUGUCGUUGACAUGGGAAAAGUUGUUCAUGUUGCUGCCUCUUGCGGCAAACCACUUGACCAUGGCAUGAAAUGUGGAAGCUACACAGUUCCAUGAGGAGAGAAUAUCGAUCGGGCAUAUGUAUGCAAAGCUAUGGCUUCAAGAGUUACUCAUAAAAUUAAAAUAAAUAUUAGUAGCUCAAGUUGUAUGAUCAGGAGAUAAAAACUCUUGUUAUAAUAUGAUGAAGCAAUGAAAUAUAUAAAUAUUUCUAUUUUACUUGUCUA